AUGGUGACGCAGCGGGACCCCCACGGGGGUCUGCUCCACGUGAACAUCGGAGGCCUGAAGAGGAGCCUCUGCUGCACCUCCUUGAGGAGGUUCCCCGACACGCGGCUGGGGAAGCUGCUGUCGUGUGACUCGGAGGAGGCCAUUCUGCAGGUGUGUGAUGACUACGAUGUGCAGCAGGAGGAGUUCUACUUCGACAGGAGUCCGGGUCUCUUCCCGUACGUCCUCCACUUCUACCGGACGGGGAAGCUGCACGUCAUGGAGGAGCUGUGCGUCUUCUCCUUCAGCCAGGAGAUGGAGUACUGGGGCAUCAACGAGUUCUUCCUGGACAGCUGCUGCAGCCUCCGGUACCACGACCGCAAGAUGGAGAACAGACGGAGGCGGAGCUGGGACGACGAGAGCGACGCCAGCAGCGAGGAGGAGGAGGAGGAGGAGGACGAGAUCUCAGAGCUCAACAGGGACCUGCGCCUCCUCCGCCUCGGGCCCUGUGGGGCCUCCAGGAAGCUCCUCUGGCUGAUGAUGGAGAACCCGAGUUACUCCGCCUCCAGCCGGGUGUUCAGCCUGCUCUCCAUCGGGGUGGUGCUCACCUCCAUCGCCAUGGUCUGCAUCCGCAGCAUCCCCGAGUACCAGACGUUUGACGAUGAAGGGAAGGUGAUGGACGACCCCACCAUGGAGGCUCUGGAGGCUCUCUGCACCGGCUGGUUCACCUUCGAGGUGGUGGCCCGGCUGCUGCUGGCUCCGAACAAGAGGAAGUUCUUCCGCCAGCCGCUGAACCUCAUCGACGUGGUCUCGGUGGGUCCGGUCUACGUCACGGUGGUCUCUGACAUCACUCUGGGACCGGAGUCUGAACUGGGAGCGCUGGGCCGGCUCAUGCAGGUCUUGCGGUUGAUGAGGGUCUUCAGGGUUCUGAAGUUGGCCCGACACUCGACGGGUCUCCGGUCUCUGGGAGCGACUCUCCGGCACAGUUACCGUGAGGUCGGCAUCCUGCUGCUCUACAUCGCUGUGGGCGUGUCCGUCUUCUCCGGGAUCGUCUACACCGCGGAGUACGAGGAGGGCGUGGGCCUGGACACCAUCCCGGCCUGCUGGUGGUGGGGGACGGUCAGCAUGACCACGGUGGGCUACGGGGACCUGGUGCCGGUCACCGUGGCCGGGAAGCUGGCGGCCAGCGGCUGCAUUCUGGGCGGCACCCUGGUGGUGGCGCUGCCCAUCACCAUCAUCUUCAACAAGUUCUCCUACUUCUACCGGCGGCAGAAGGCCCUGGAGGCGUCGGUGAGGAGCAACCACCGGGGGGCGAUGAACUGCGAGAACCAGGAGGAAGAGGAGGAGCACCGGGAGGACGAGGCCGACGGCGGCGUGCUGAACUACAGCUACGUGGAGCACCCGUCCUCCUGGUCCACGCCGAGGAGGAAGGAGGUGCUGCAGGAGGAGUGACAUCUUCUCAACAGGUCUUAACAGGAAGUGACAUAUUCUCCUCAGGUCUCAACAGGAAGGGACAUCUUCUCGUCGGGUCUCAACAGGAAGUGACAUAUUCUCCUCGGGCCUCAACAGGAAGUGACAUCUUCUCCUCAGGUCUUAACAGGAAGUGACAUAUUCUCCUCAGGUCUCAACAGGAAGGGACAUCUUCUCCUCGUGCCUCAACAGGAAGUGACAUCUUCUUCUCGGGUCUCAACAGGAAGUGACAUAUUAUCCUCGUGCCUCAACAGGAAGUGACAUCUUCUCGGGUCUCAACAGGAAGUGACAUCUUCUCAACCGGAAGUGACAUCUUACGCACGCAAAUACAAAGUACCAUGAAGAGCUGUGAAGAUAUUUAAUAGUAAUAACGUACAUGUACUCCAUAGUUCAGGGCUGCUAUGCAAAUGUUAUAUUGAAAGUAAUCUAUAAAUUAAUAUCAUAGCUAACAUUUAUUGAUCACAGCCGUAUAUUAAACCAUUAAAGAGCUUCCACUUUGAUUAUUAUAAAUCAUAUUCUGUAUAAUUCUGUAUUAAAUAUGAUUCAGUAUG